AUGCAGACAUGCAUUGCAUAUGAAGCAAUUGCAAUAAACUCUCACGCGAAUCAUCGUCUUCAUGCUUACCCAUGUGGACAGCGCAUUGAACAUCACUUCGACGUUCCCUUGGAUAAAGAUGUCCAAAAAGAACAGCAAAACCGGUUAGGAGAUCCGAUAAGCCGACAUUUCCCAGGAAAAAGUAUGUGGUACGUGGUUCUUGACCUAGAAAUGAAAUCAGAAAAACAUGGAGAUGUUAUGAUGUUGAGUAAAGCAUAG